CGGAUGAUUUUGAAGGAUUAAAUGUCACUUACAGAACAGAUAUGCCGCAAUAUAAGUCUUGUACUGCAGAAAAUGGAACAUCUACGUGUACAAAAUUUGUAUUUGAAGACUCGAUGAAAACUGUCGCUACAGAGUGGGAACUUGUGUGCGACAGGGCCUGGAUUACAUCUACCAUAACUUCCGUACAGAUGGCGGGUGUUUUUAUAGGAAACCUUGCUUGUGGCCAAGUUGCGGAUCUUGUUGGAAGAAAACCUCCAUUAUUUCUUUCAUUGUUAUCCUUGAUAGUGUUUAACCUCUUGUCAGCUUUUUCAACGUCAUGGAUAAUGUUCGCAGUCGUACGUUUUUUCAUUGGCCUGUCGAUGGGAUUCGAACUGACUGUACAGUAUAACAUUAUGGUGGAAUUUGCACAAGUAAAAUGGCGAACUUGGGUUGUUGCAGUGCCAUCAUGGGCAGUUCAGACUGUGCUUUUUGCUCUGGUGACUUGGCUGUUGAAGAAUUGGCAGCAUAUCCAUUUUUUCACUGCGGCAUUUGGCAUUCCGCUUCUAGCAAGUUAUAGGUUUAUUCCGGAAAGUUUCCGAUGGUAUGUGGGUCAUGAUCGUUAUAAAGAUGCUGAAAGUAUAAUAAAGAAAGUUGCAAGAAUAAAUGGAAAACCUGCUCCGGAUCUGUCUGAAAUUUACACGAUGGGCAAAGCUUUGAAAAAAGAAAAGGAAACAGACAAAAAAUAUUCAUUCUGGGACAUCGCAAAAAGCAAAGAAUUACGGAAAUAUACAGUGCUGUUAAUUUUUGUUUGGAUCACACUAGGACUUGGAGGAUACGGGAUACAGUUUGGUGUUACAGAUCUCUCAGGCAACUUGUAUGUAAAUAUAUUCGUGUUUGGUUUGAUAGCAAGUCCAAUGCAGUUUAUUUGUAUAUACCUUCAAAACAGAUUUGGACGUAAGAAGACUGCUAGUAUUCUAUAUGUCAUUUGUGCCGUUGCUGCAUUAGUAGUUGCAGUUGCUUAUCGUUUUAAAGAAUCAUCCAUUCGGGACCACCUUACAAAUGCCGCUGCAAUAACAGCUCUAGCAGUAGUGACAUCUGCCUGGUCACCAAUCCAAACCCUGACCAUUGAAACGUAUCCAACAGUAGUCAGAAACAUCGGCUUUGGAUUACAAAACACAAUGGCCAGAGUUGGUGCAAUUAUUGGUCCCCAACUUGUAUUUUUGGAUACGAAAGUUGCGGGCAUGAUGUAUUGGAUAUGUGCAGUGGCUGUAAUUGUGUCAAUUUUUCUGAUUGUGCCUAUACCUGAAACGUUUGGUAGAGAUCUCUCUGAUAAGAUAAUAGCGCAGCAAAAUAAAACAACAAGCAAUGAAGAGCAUUCUGUCGGCUUCAGUGACGAAGAAGAUAUGCUUACCGAAAAACCAUAGGAACAGUAUUACAUCGAAACAACAAAAAGCCAACAACAACGGCAGCAGCAGCAUGGUAGAGAACUUCAUUUAAAGAAAUCAGAUAUUUGACUUUCGAUCAGUCUACUAUAUUGCCUAAAAACAUAAGCAUACACUACAAAAUACAAUAAAUUAGCGUGUUACACAAAAAAUGAAAAUAAUUUUAAACAAAUCAUUUGGUUUUUUAGGCAGACUGACUGUGAAACAAUAUCUUCAACUUAUAUCACUCCUUAAAUCUAAUUCCUGAUGUUGUCGAUCGCCACGAAGGCAUGGAAGAACUGAAGAUGGUUUCUCUUUUAGUGAAGAGCUCAAAGAAAGGAGAGCUACAAGUACCAUUAUUUUAUAUGAUUCAGCCAGGAAAUGAACUCAGGACCUCCCACAUUCUAAAUAAUGCUACGACGACGAUGCAAAUAGGAAGUACCUGAAAUAAAAGUUAUUUGUUUUCCCGAAUGUUAACCUUAAAAUCUUAUAUAUAGUGUACAAUAAAGUCUGUAAAAAGAUCCUUUGGAAGCAAAGAAUGCAACCAAGAAGAAUAAUAGCAGACUCAGUUUGAAAUGCGCAACAUCUCUCACGCCCCCUAGCGCCGGCUUAAAAACGGGUAAGUGUCGGAUUUUAGGAAUAACGCUAUUGUACCUGCCAAUAGAAAACAAAAGAAAGUAAAAUUUAAUAUAGAAGAGGUACGGUUAUAUUACUAAAUACACUAAUAAACCUUGAGAGAAAAAUAAACGUUUAAAUAACAGUGAUCAUAAUAUUUCAACAAACUAUCAGCGUCUUAGAUAAUUUAGAAAUACUGCUUCAAUGAACAGUGUAGAUUGAAAGGGACGCAGUAAAUAAGGAACAAUGGAGAAUAAAGUUGAAUUAUUUAUCAAUUUUGUUUCGUAAAUAAGUUAUUAUUCUUAUAAACUUAAAAACUUGUAACAUAUACAACAUAUAUCAAUUUCACUUGAAUGUAUUCAUGGUGUCUUCAUCUCGUUAGAGGUCAUUAAUUCUGUGCACUCCGCACGUAGAAUGUCUCCUCGCGAUUAUGACAGUUAAACAAAUCUUUGUCGAAGGUCAUAAUCUGGCCUUUAGUUAUAUAAGUGAGGAUGACAUUAUGUACCCUUUCAAUAUACCUCAUAAUACGUCUAGACAAUGUUAUACAUUUUUUUACAAUGUGUUACACCUGUACAGAUGUUGGCAUAUACUUUUGCUUCUCAAAGACCUGCAUUAUUAUACAUGUGACAGUACUUUAAAACAAUCCCGUUGUACCAGGUCGUAUUCAAAUAUCAUGUUUGUAAUUCUCAAAUGAACCAACAAUUUAAGAUUCUUUCAAUAUCAGUAUGUCAUACAGCAAAUGUAAAUGCAGGUAAUAAAA